CCCAUUCACUUCGCAGAAAACACAAACUGCAGGCACGUCUCACUCCACGUGCCGCUAUGCAGUCGUCAGCCAUGGCAUCGUUACGCCUCGCCGUGCCUCGCGCCGGCUUCUCGAUGCAUGCGCGACAAUUGCAGCGACUGCGGACGCUGCCGCCAGUACGAUAUGCGUCCAGCGAAAAACCUACGCCGCCGAAGCCGCGAGUGCUGGAGAAGCCCGACAAGUUUCGUCCGCCCUCACAUCCGUCUCGCCUGAAGAGCAAGACCAGAUACACGUAUGGCCCCGACCUCACUCAGGCCCAGAAGACGAGGCGCUACCCACACAUGAUGCCGCCUGAGGGCACCUUCCUGCACUGGUUCCUCACGAACCGUACUAUCCACUUAUGGAUCUCGUUGAGUAUCUUGAUCUCACUGGUCUUGGGCAUUUGGAUCACAGAUUUCUUGCACAACACUCCUUACCGCGAUAUGCUGCCUCCGCGAAGCAUGUUCUUCUCCCAUCCCAUCGCGUACAUUGGCCGUUGGAUCGAGGCAUACGACUUACAUGUUGCUUACGUCUCCGCCCAGACGGCUGAAAAGAGAAAACAAAAGGUAGAUGAUGUGAGGAAGCGUUCCGAAUAUCGAAAGGCGCACGGGUUGGAUCAGGCAGAAGGAGGGCUUUUUGGAGGUUGGAGCGCAAAAGAGGAGGACGAAAGCAUGGGACCUGCUCUGCACGACAGCAAUGGGCAACCGACUGAUCAAGCUUCAUCCGACCAUGCAAUCAUCGCAGCACCUGGAACGGAAGAAACCUCGGCUGCUGACCCAGAACAUGCCGAGGACACUUACAUCGACUUUGAAGGCAAGAGGCAGCCCGUGAAGAAGAAGUGGUUCGGGAUCUGGUAGCAUUGCAACACGACAAAACUUCUCCGCGUGCUCGCGCAGUCUUGAAACCUACUAUUCCUAGCGGCCGUUGCGAAGGGCCGUACUCAUGCACCGGGACACCCAGACUGGGCAGCCAUUCGCGUGAGUCCCCUUGAGAGAGCGGCUCCGCUGUUGAUGCAUCCUGCAGCAUCCUAGGGAUCAUUCUCACAACCUCACCUCAAGUACUCGCUUCAGUGCUAUAGCCGAUUCGCUGUUUUUCCGAUUAUACGAGGCAACGAAUGGUCUACACCCAGGGAGAAGUACUGACAAUCACAGGUGACAGUGUUGAAAGUCAAUUGCAAGGACCGAAGCCUCACUGUUUCAUGCCCUGGCCACGUGGAAUAUAUGACGUUGACUCACCCAUUCAGUCGAAAGCUGAGCGUCGCAUGCUGUCAGUCGGAGCCACGAGACGCUGCUUCCGAUUCUCCUCGGUUUGCCGCGAUCCUCUAGCGACUGCAUCCGUUAAUGGCCGAAUCCGAUCGCUUUCUGCGUAGGCACAUGAAAGAAGACCAUGGUCUGGCAACCUGUACCUUUCUGACUGGACAAAACAUCUAGUCAACAUCCAAUUGACUGAAAGGUUGAUCAGAAAACGAAUGGCCCACUUGCUGUUGUGCGCUGUGGCCGGAGCGCGCUCGAGCAUUUCGGCUCUCAAAUGCGAUUUGUGCUGAGUCGUCAGUGGACCCUAAGCGCCAAACCGCCUGAAAACUUCUACAUUCUCCCUAGGCCUCUGUUCGCAUUGAAGUCAUGUACUACUACGAGGCGACUCAGAUGAGGCAUGCCGAUCGCACAAUUUUUAUCCGAGCAGGGCAGUUCGACUCCUUCACUUAAGUUGUGAACACACAAUACUUGGAAGCCACAGCAAGUACGUACGAAAAUCAUCAUUCACCAUCAUUAUACAACCCUCGAGGAGAUCGUAGCGUCCCGUGACAGGCGCGCUUAAGAGCACCGACCUUUCCGAGUCCUGUCCACACAUGUCUCUCCACUAGUCCCCGGAUCUGUUGUUCUGCCGGCAUUGGUGCAAACGGCGAAUGGUCGUAGCGGCAGUGCACUUCUUGCAAUCAGACCUGCGCAUAGCUAAUCAUGCAAUCGAAG